CCAUUGGACGAGAGGCGUCCAAUGCCUUGUUGUUCAGUACAAAUCGGAUGAAACCAAAAAACAGGCAAUAAUUCUGAGAAACCGUAUCAAUAUUUUUGGAUUAAAACAUACUAGAAUACCAAAGCGUGCGACCGGUGGUGAUGAUCGCACGCGGUACACCCCUGGGACUAUCGGGUUGAGUGUUGUUCACUGGUGUGCUAGCCCCGCUAGCUAGCCCCCAUCCUUCCUCCUCGGAGUCUCUUCAUUUCCAUGGGCUUCUGUCGCUGCGCUCAGGUGUUACUAUGAGUGGCGGUAGUUGUAAAGCUAACGGCGCCGUGUAUCCAGCUUCCUCCGCCGGAAUGAACUCUGUGAAGAAGCCGAAGAUGGAGCAGAUCCAGGCCGACCAUGAGCUGUUCCUGCAGGCCUUUGAAAAGCCCACACAGAUAUAUCGAUAUCUCCGCACAAGGAACUUGAUAGCUCCCAUCUUCCUGCACAGGACCCUCACCUUCAUGUCUCAUAGAAACAUUCGAACAAACGCCAAAAGGAAAACGUUCAAGGUGGAUGAUUUGUUGCAGAGAGUCGAGAGGAUGAAGGGAGAGCAAGAAUCUCAAUGCCUAGCGUCCCAUCUUCAGCUAACCUUUACUGGUUUCUUCCAUAAGGAUGAAAAGCCAUCACAGAAUUCAGAAAAUGAACAAACCUCAGUGUCAUUAGAGGUGCUACUUGUCAAAGUCUGUCAUAAAAAGCGCAAGGAUGUCAGCUGCCCAGUAAAGCAAGUGCCUACAGGUAAAAAGCAGGUGCCUUUGAAUCCUGACAGCAACCAAACCAAGCUGGCCCCCUACCCCUCCUUAUUGGUCUCCAGCAGCGAGUUUGAGCCCAGCAACAGUCACAUGGUCAAGUCCUACUCGCUGCUGUUCAGAGUGUCCCUCGCAGGGAGGAGGGAAGCCAACGGGCUGGUCAAUGGCGAGGCCAACGAGAACAUCGAUGUUACAGAGACCCCAAGCAGAAAGAAGAGGAGUUCUUCGCACAGAGAGGAGGACGGCUCUACCGAGACCUACGUUGCACAGAUGACUGUCUUUGAUAAAAACAGGAGACUGCAGCUGCUGGAUGGAGAGUAUGAGGUGUCGAUGCAGGGCAUGGAGGACAGCCCCGUGAGCAAGAAGAGAGCCACAUGGGAGACCAUCCUGGACGGGAAGAGGCUGCCUCCCUUCGAGACCUUCUCUCAGGGCCCCACGCUGCAGUUCACUCUGCGCUGGACCGGGGACGCCGGAGCCAAGUCCACGGCGCCUGUGGCCAAGCCCCUGUCCACGCGCAACUCCGACGGCUCCAGCCCCAUGGAGACCCGCACCAGCCACCACCGGGCCGCCCCACUGGCAGUGAAGGACUCUUUGAGCAUGGACAUCCAGACGAGGAGAGAGCUGGUCCAAUGUGAACCGCGUCAAAAGCUGCGUAUAUUUUACCAGUUCCUGUACAACAACAACACGCGGCAGCAGACUGAGGCCCGGGACGACCUCCACUGCCCCUGGUGCACCCUGAACUGCAGGAGGCUUUACAGCCUGCUGAAGCACCUCAAGCUCUCCCACUCCCGCUUCAUCUUCAACUAUGUGCCUCAUCCCAAAGGCGCCAGAAUAGACGUGUCCAUCAACGAGUGCUACGACGGCUCCUACGUGGGGAACCCUCAGGACAUACACAGCCAGCCCGGCUUUGCCUUCAGCCGCAAUGGGCCCGUCAAGAGGACUGCGGUCACCCACAUCCUGGUGUGCAGACCUAAGCGGACCAAGCCCAGCUUGUCUGAGUUCCUGGAGUCGGAGGACGGGGAGCUGGAGCAGCAGAGGACCUAUGUGAGCGGCCACAACCGUCUCUACUUCCACAGCGACAGCUGCAUGCCUCUCAGGCCGCAGGAAAUGGAAGAGGACAGCGAGGACGAGCGGGACCCCGAGUGGCUCCGGGAGAAGACUGCCACGCAACUGGAGGAGUUCACCGACGUCAACGAGGGGGAAAAAGAGGUUAUGAAGCUGUGGAACCUGCACGUCAUGCAGAAGGGUGUCCUGUCCGUUUCAUAUUCAACCAACCCUAACUUCAUCGCGGACAACCAGAUGAACCAGGCCAGCAUGGUGUUUGUGGAAACCUGCGGCCCCUUCAUCGCCCGCCGCAACCUCUGCCGCAACUUCCUGCUGCACCUGGUGAGCAUGCACGACUUCAACCUGGUGAGCCUGGCCACCAUCGACCGGGCCAUGGCCCGCCUGCGCGGCAUCCAGGAGGAGCUGGGGCCUGACGUGGAGCCCCUGGAGCCCCUGGAGCACACCCUGGAGACGGCUGCCAGCUGCAACGGCACCAUCGGAGCCUCCGGGGGUGGCAGCAAGCUGGGCAAGAGGACAAAAUGCGGCAUGAACGACUGAUGCCGGCCGCCUGGACGACUGCCAACGGUCCAAACAUCUUUUGGUUCCUUUCUUUUUUUUAUUUUUAUUUUUUAAACCAUCGACUGACCCCUUGGUGCUUGAUACGGAGUCCUGAACAGGAGGAAGAGGACGGUGGACCCAGCAGAAAGAUGACCGGAAUACAAGUUUUAACAUGUUUCCUAAGAACUUGAGAACUUAACCAAAUAUGAACAAUAUCCCAAUAUACACAACAUACCCACGCCCACACAAGUCAGGCAAAAUAUGCAUUUUGUAGAAGCCAGUGAAGUGACGUGUUCUGGUUGGGAGUGGUGCCAGUGCACCGUGUUUUUAACCCGACACCUCUGCGUUCAGGGUGUACCUGUACUAGACAUCUGUAUCAAAACUUCAGUAAAGAUAAAACGUAACGAUAACAUGUCACUUUUUGUUUAUUUGUACACGUACACAAUAACCUUGUUGGCUCCUGUUAUACUUUUUAGCUGAUUUCUUUAGCACUUGGUAUUUGUAUUUUAGAGACUUGUGAACUUGAAGAAAAUGCAAUUUUUUUUUGUUUGAUUCUUUAUGCUGCGCCAGUUGUCACAUGCAGCUUCUCGACUCUGGAAUUAUUCUCGUCUCUCCAGUGUGAAUACCUUUUUGGACCGUGACCUUGAGGGACACUGAUUUGAAGGCUUUCGUUGAAUUGGCAGAACAUUUAUUCUUCACACUUCGACUUGAUGGAAGGCAAGGCGAGAUGGGCUCAAAAUUGCCAUCUUUACGGGGGGAACCUCCACAUAGCCAUUGGUAUGCUGUUGGUUUGUUGAUUAGAUCACAACAUAACAAAGGGUUAUGAUUCUUAGGUCCAAGGCCUUACCGCCCUACUUUUUUACAGGGUGUUCUCUCCAACGGCUGGGGCUCCUAUAGUCCCUCAGACCGUUGGCCCAACGCAAAGUACAUAAACGGAACCGAUUUACCAGCAGCACCAUCUUGUGUGUCGAACCGCCACGAUCACAACAGCAAGAGGUUUUUCAUGCCUUUCUUUUCGUCCCGGCCCAAUAAAUGCUGGAAGUUUGUCGCUUAAUACUUUUUGAGUUGGGGGGGGUUUUGUGCGCUUCGACACGAGUUGUUAGUAGAGAAUACUUUAUGAAUAUGUUGUAUACAUUGUAAUAAUGUUAAAUAUUCAAUUGUACCCCCAUUGUGUAUCCAUCAAGAUUUACAAACCCAUGUUUUUGUUUCCUCAAAGCAAUAUUCCGGUAAUGUGGAUAAUUGAUAUUUGAGAUAACUUUUUUUCUUUUUGCUCUGUUUAUGCCAAAGUGAGGGUGUAUUUACUUAUCUUUUAUUUUGGGACAGGGGCCGGGUGGGUCUCCAUUAGAUGGGUUUUUCUAUCAAGCAAUUUUAUCUUUGGUUCAUUCAAAACUCCACUGAGGGGAAAGGGUGUGUUAAAUAGUGUGUCCACAAACCCACAAUAAGCAGAACCAUGACCUGUUUAUCUUUUGUUUCUUUUCAUUUUCACACCCUAUUUCUUUAGGUGUGUAAAAGUCACUUCACCAAUGUUGUCAAAACAUCCUGGUAAAAAAAAGAACUGUAAACUUUGGAUAUGGGGAUUUUUAUAUUUAAAAUAAAAAUACAUUUGAACUUGA